UCACUCAUGGUUUUUAAGGCAAGCAAGAAGUGUCGUCUGAGUUCAGCAAUGUGUCCUAGCCAGGCAGAAACACUCAAGAAGCGUACAGUACAGCACUGGUGAUGACUGACGGAGAGCACCCGAUGAAUCAUCCACAAAGAUGCUGCACGGCGGAUGACAACAGCUCUGUUUCCAUUGUUUGCCCAAAGGCCUGGGUCGAACCCACCUUCACUCUCGCAGCAAAGGCUCGUGUUGUCAUCACCGGCUGCUUUUUUGUGAUAGCAGCAUGCAGCAACUUUGCCGUCUUAUACAGCGUCACGAGGAAGAGGCGGAAGUCCCAUGUCCAGUUGCUCAUCCUGAGCUUAACCGUGGCAGACUUGCUGGUUACCAUGACUGUCAUGCCGCUGGAUGCUGUGUGGAACAUCACGGUUCAGUGGUAUGCCGGGGACACGCUCUGCCGGUUCCUGAACUUCCUCAAGCUCUUUGCCAUGUACUCGGCUGCCCUGGUCCUAGUGGUGAUCAGCUUGGACCGGCACUCUGCCAUCCUCCACCCGUUUUCGUUUGCUAAUUCCAGCCACCGCAACCGGGUCAUGCUCUCCAUCGCGUGGAUCCUCAGUGUCCUGCUGGCCUCCCCCCAGCUCUUCCUUUUCCACCUGUACACCGUCCCAGGUGUCAAUUUCACCCAGUGCGUGACGCACGGAAGUUUCAGAGAACACUGGCAGGAAACCACCUACAACAUGUUCACUUUCACCACCCUCUAUGUCACCCCGCUAAGCGUGAUGGUCGUCUGCUAUAUCCGCAUCUUGUUUGAGAUCAGCAAACAGCUGAAAAUUAACAAAGGUCUCGCCAGAGGCAAGGACGACCACAUCUCCAAGGCCCGAAUGAAGACUCUUCGAAUGACCGUCGUGAUUGUGGCUUCUUUCAUAAUUUGCUGGACCCCUUAUUACCUCCUGGGCUUGUGGUACUGGUUCCAGCCCGACAUGAUCCGUAAAAUGCCGGAGUAUAUCAACCACUUCUUGUUUCUCUUUGGCCUGCUUCACACUUGCACGGAUCCCAUCGUCUACGGCCUUUAUACCCCGUCCUUCCGAGAAGACAUGAGGGUCUGCAUCAGGAGCCUUAAAGAGACGAUGACCCACCAGGAAAAAAAACUUGCAUCCAUUUCAGAGAUGAACAAUAAAGACUAUAAUGACCAGGGUCAGGUGCCAUCAAGUGUUUCCAAUGGAGGGACUCUGCACACUGUGUUCUAG